CAGAUAUUUGAUUACUCACAGCUUAAAAAUCUUCAACAUUUGUAGAGAAGCUGCAAAGCCAUAUCCCUUCCAUCUUUGAAAACAAGAAACGACAAUGGAAAGCGAAACAGCAAGACGCAGAAUCAGCAACAUUGCAUCCCAUUUUUCACCCUGUGAUGAUACUUUAUCUGUUUCUCACCUUCUUCCCAUGAACUGUAGUGGGAGAUGUGAUAAUAGAAUGUACUUUGCACGUCAAGGUUCAGCAUUUCAAGCUUGCUUCAUGAGACAAGUUUCAAGACCAGAGAGAACUGCUCCUCAGUGUUCUGCACCUCCCAAAUCCGUUUCCACUCCAUUGGAGAGUUCUAAUGCUAUUGAAGCACCAUUAUUUUCUAGACCUACAAUGAUGGAUUCAAACUUGUCAAAUUUAGCAAAAAUAGAACCUCUGGGACUAGAUUGGAGAUUAUCCAUGCCUGACCCUCCUAAGUUUGCUAGACCAAAUAAAAAUACAAGUGAUAAGAUGCCAUUGCAAUCUAAGAAGAAUACAUGUUGGUCCAUAUCUAAUGGCACUAAAUGGUCCCCUAAGAUGGAUGUUGCAGAAUCUGGACACAAUUAUAUUAUGAUGGUUGAAGUUCCAGGUGUCAGCAUUGGUGACAUUAGAGUGGAGGUUGAUGACCAAAAUUUAACGGUGAGGGGUAAACGGUCUAGCCAUUGUUGGAAACUAGCUGCUGAUUGCUCUGAUGGCUCAAUCUCUGCAUAUCACAAAAGGGAGAUAUCACAAGGGCCUUACCAGGUUGUGUGGCCACUUCCUGCUAAUGUAAACAGGGACAGUGUCUCAGCUGAGUUUCUAGAUGGAUUUUUACGUAUUGUUAUUCCUAAACUUUGAGAUCAAACUGGUGGUGGAAGCAUUCAUGCACAUAUAUGAAGACAAACUUAUGUACUAUCCAUUUAUGUUCGAUGCCUACUCUCAGUAUCUGUUGCUGUUAUUAAAUUGUUAGCAAGGACUUUGUAAAUCCGUACUAAAAUAAUAUAGUUCAUACGAAUUUUGUGAAUUUAGAACAAAAUUACAAAUUCGGAAAUUGUUGGAUUAGUUCAAAAA